AGGUCAACCUCUCUCCUGCAAGGCCGCAACCAGCGUCCACGCAAGCUCAGACGUCCCUGCCGCAACCGCAUCGACGACGCACGGCACCACGCGCCCUGACGUCCACGCGCAACCAACCCCAAAUCAACUCGUCGCUGCCACGGCGAUCACCAGCCCCGCGCUCUUUUUUCCCCGUCAAACGCCAGCGGGAGCAGAGCUAACUGCGAAAUAAACCAAUUCGCUCGCUGCGCGGCUUCCUCGCCGUCCGCUUCCCGCGAGACGGACGAGCUCCUCUCCCGGCGCCGCGCGGGGUCCCUUUCCCUGGAAUGCCCUCCCACAGCGUCCGGGCGCCGGGGGAGCACUAGGCCGCGGCGGUGGCUCGGAUGGGUCGGCCGGGGUACGUGACGGUGCCCAUUCUCUCCGUUCUCGCCGCGAUCGGCUACGUCUACUACACCACGGUGUUCCUGGCGAUCCCCGCGUGGCUGGGGCUCACCACUGCCGCCGGGGUCGCCAACGCCGCGGUCUUCACCGCGCUCGCCGCCGCCUGCGUCGCCACCUACGCCGUCGCCGUGUCGCGGGACCCGGGCCGCGUGCCAGCGGCCUUCGUGCCCGACGUCGAGGAUAGCGAGAGUCCCAUCCACGAGAUCAAGCGCAAGGGUGGUGAUUUGAGAUACUGCCAGAAAUGUUCCCAUUAUAAGCCUCCUCGUGCGCACCAUUGUCGUGUCUGCAAAAGAUGUGUUCUAAGAAUGGACCACCACUGUAUAUGGAUUAAUAACUGUGUUGGGCAUGAGAACUACAAUAUUUUCCUAGUCUUUGUUCUGUAUGCUGUCAUAGCAAGCUUCUAUUCUAUGGUUCUGAUUAUAGGGGGUGCCAUGCAUAGUUUGCCUAAAGAUGAACAUCCAGGCAGUGAUUCUUCUAGAACAUCUAUUAUUAUUUGCGGUGUUCUUCUGUGUCCAUUAGCGUUGGCAUUGACAGUCCUCUUGGGUUGGCAUGUUUACCUCAUCUUACAUAAUAAAACUACUAUUGAGCACCACGAAGGAGUUAGGGCAAUGUGGUUGGCUGAAAAGGCUGGAAAUCUUUAUCAUCAUCCUUAUGACCUUGGAAUCUAUGAGAAUCUUGUUUCGGUACUAGGUCCUAACACAUUCUGCUGGCUCUGCCCAAUAUCAAGGAACAUAGGAAGUGGUGUUCGCUUCCGCACAUCAUAUGAUAUUCCGCUAUCGACACCACCAAUGUGAUGCUCAUUAGAUAGCACUACAAUCAUGUUAGAUAUCUGCUGAUUUGCAAAAGAAACUCAGGUGCCCAUCCAAGUGCUAGAUGUGCAAUUCUUGAAAGUGUUGUCUUUAGCAUUUAACAAGAGCAUUUGUUCAUCCUUGAAAAUAAGAGCAUUUGUCAAUGCUUGAAACCUUUGCACUAAGAUUGUGCUACAUGGGAUCCAAUGUGUUUAGGGUACUGCAAGAUACAGAAAAUGGAGCUUCACGAUUAUUUCCUUACGCCUCUUGGGAACUAGCAUCAAUUAGGAUUUAGUAAUGCUGACUUACUUAGAUUUUCCUCUCUUUUUCUUGGACGUUUUUGAUUUAGAGUGGGCUGUACUAAUACAAAAAAAGUAUGAACUCAAGGCAAGGUCUGUUGUAAAGUUUAUGCCCAAACUGUUGGUUUCUAAAGUUCAUGUAUUGCGUGGUCAGAACAUUGUGGCAAAUUAUCCAAGAUUAUUUGUAUAGAGUUGUUCACAGAUAAAUGUUAA